AUGUUGUUUUCCGCCUUAUUGCAAAUACGUGCACAUGCGCACAGGGGAGGGGGGAGAAAGCGUGAGAGGGGUAUUGACGUGAGGAUGGCCAAGAAGGAAAAGAUACCGCCUCCAGGAACUAGCAAAGAUCCGACGACAAACUUCUACACAAGAAGGAAGUGGCGGACGGCACUUCUCCAGGCAACUCUUGAGCUGCAGGGGAGGAAAAUCAUCCCCCGCGGUGUCUUGAUCAUUGGUACGGCUCUCAUGAAGAACAAACAUGUGGUGCGCCUAGAUCUUUCGCAAAACAAUAUCGGUGAUGAGGGAGCCGUGACGAUGGCGGAGGUUCUUCGGAAAAAUGAAACCAUUCAAUAUUUGAAUCUUGCGCAGAACGGUAUUACAGACGUGGGAGGGAUAGCGCUGGCCAGUGCCUUCAUUCCAAAUGUCAAUCCCAAUGGGCAGCCCGGACAGUGGAACCGCAACUUGUUCACCAUCAUUCUGGCGGGAAAUGACUUGGGCGACGACACGCUGUUGGCCAUGAGUAAGGCGGCGGCGUGCCACCGCGAUCUCACCUCUGUCGACCUCAGUUGGAACAACGUUGGCCCGCUGGGAACGAAGUGUCUUUUGCGGUCCAUGCAACGUAACCCGCUAUGUGUAUAUCACCUCAUGGCAAACAAAAUUGGUGACGCCGGCACCACGUGUCUCUGCGAGGCAAUGCAACGCUUUGCUGGAAAAGGCACAACAACGCUCAACCUGUUCCGUAACGAUGUUCGCCACAAGGGGUGCGAGGCGGUGGGUCGGCUGCUGGAAAACAAUGAAUUCAUACUCGAAGUUAGUCUACACAGCAACACACUUGGGUUGAAGGGGAUGCAAUUACUCCGCCAGCACUUCACCGCCGCACCCAACCGAGUACGCUCCCUCAAUUUAGGGAACUGCAUGCUGGGCGACGAAGGCGCGCCCGAAGCGGCGGCACUCAUCACGGCGAAUCUUCCGGCGCUAGAGCGACUGAACUUAGCGAGCAACGGCUUUUCCGAUGACGGUGGUGUAAUCAUUGUCAAGGCGCUUUUAAAGAACACAUUUCUCGUUAUGGUGAGCUGCGCUGAUAACACAUUCGGUACAAAAACGGUGGAUGCGACUGCCGAACUUAUUGGCACCGCGAAGGUUUUGAAGCUGCUUGACUUCACCAACUCGAUUGAGUCCGUCGAGAUGCGAAGAACCCUCGCCUUUGCCGCCAGUGACGCCGAUGGCAUUCGCGUCGAGGUGGGAGAGGUGCAGGAGGAGACCCUCGACGACAGGCUGCAGCACGUUGCCGAGUACAUGCAAAUGAUCCUGGACGCCGAGGCCGAGAGGGCGAAGAGCAGGAAGUCCAAGAAGAGGCCAAAGAAGGAAUGA